AUGAAGCGAACUCUUUCAAGGUAUAACAAGUGCUUAGAUUCUUCAGAGGAUGCAGCAGAAGAAUCCAAGGCAGAGAAGCAAGACUUCAAGGAGCUGGAUGUUCUGAAGGAUGAAUUUGCAAAGCUACAAAAGAAACAAGUAAGGCUAUUGGGUAAGGACUUGACUGGUUUGAGCUUGAAAGAAUUGCAGCAACUAGAACAGCAAUUAAAUGAAGGAUUAUUGUCAGUGAAGGAGAGGAAGGAGCAAUUACUAGUGGAGCAACUAGAGCAAUCAAGAGUACAGGAACAGCGUGCUAUACUUGAGAAUGAAACGUUGCGCAGACAGGUUGAGGAGCUUCGAUGUUUAUUUCCACAAACUGACCGUGCAGUCCCAUCUUAUCUGGAAUAUUAUCCUGUGGAAAAAGAGAAAUCCCUUGUAAACUAUGGUGUCACAAGCCCAGAUUUGGUCAGCAAUUUUGCAUUUGAGAAUGGAGAUUCUGACAUCACCUUGCAUUUAGGGCUGCCAAGUGAUGUUUAUGGCAAGAGGAAGGCUCCAGAAAGAGAAGCUCACUCCAAUGACUCAGGGAGCCAAUUAGCCCUGUAA